AUGGGACGUCCCGGCGGAUGAUUGAAUAACAUUGAAGAACGUUAAAAGGCCGAGCAGAGCCAGCACCAUCCUUCCCAGAUCAGUCACUUCACCAUUCACCUCUGAAUCAUCCGUCGAGAAAUCGCGAGGGUGAGACGGGGGUGUCUUUCCCUUUUCGUCAAGCCAGGACAGGCGGACCGCACCGACGAGGACGAGAGGCAGGUGGGUGGAUGGCUGGAUGGUGCGAGCACAAACACAGCCAAUACCAACACUGUGGAUGCUCUCUCUGUGUGUGUGCUGUGUAUGUGUUCAGCUCGUUCGUAUCUGCGGUUCCAGCAUGCCUUCCAGUGUCUGCACCGCGGCUCGUUUGACACACUCGCCGUGGCCCUCGACGUCGGCCCGUCAGCGUUGCGCCGUUCGUUCGAGAUGUCGCUGCUGGAAAGGCCCGCCCUCACACGAGCCGUCAAGAUGACGCUCUCGCCGAACGACGUGCACGCAUCUGUCGGACACGCUGAGCUCAUCUGGUGGGUAAAUGGACGAACGGAUGGAUGGCUGUGUGUGCAUGGGGUCGAUGGUUCCACGUGUAAUUGUGUGUCAGGCGUGGGCUUCGUCGCAAUGGCCGUGCCGAUGCGUCCACGUCAGAGGCGCUGGCACACCUGAGGCUGUUGUUGUUCUUGAAGGUCCCCUGUUGCACCUUUCUUGUCGUUUCUGCAACGCUUUGACACGGCAUGCCCGCCCCCCCACCUCUCCCGUCUCCUGGCGCCAACGCGCCGUCUGCCGUGUCGCUCUGCACGGCUGCGGGCACUCCAGCCGCCUUCUACCCUUACCUUCACCGUCCAUGUCCGCACAGAGACCUUCUACGACAUCGGUCUGCCGGUCGAGCCUCAAUGCAUGGCUCACCACACGCAUCCGAGUGUUUUUGUGAGUCAGCUGCUCGACCGGUUUCUGUCGCGUGAGCUGCUGAGCGACUACAGAACACAGUGAGUGGCAGAUACACGCCACGGACAUGAUGGACGGAUGGAGAGUGUCAGUCGAUUCACAGGGCGACGCUCAUCACCGAUAAGGAAGAAAAGCUCAGCAAGAAGGAUCAACAGGUGGGUGAGCAGCCCAAUCCUUGCACCUACAUGAGCCACCUUAUCUCUCUGUGUCCGUGUGUGUGUGUGCCAGAUCAAAAUGCUGCAACAGUGAAGCACAGUCACACAUGCAGAGAGAACAUCUUUGGUGUGUGGAUGGAUGAAUGGAUGGAUGUGUGUGUGCAGAGAGCCCUAUCAGCGGUUCGUCAUCAGCGCGCACUUCGGAUACGAGAGCCCUUUCAGCACCCAAUUGCAAGCGACUUCGGAAUCCGCGUUUUGCACUUAUCGUGCGAUUGCCGCUCUCGUCAUCAUGCGGUUCGAGGCCUUUCUGCACAUACUGCACACAUGUGCGGGCACACAUCAGCGGUUCAGUGCCGACAAGCGCGUGCAGAUGACGUGUUUCCGGUCCCGGCUGGAACAGGUGAGCAACCAAGCUGGCGGCCCCUCUCUACCUAAAUAUCUCUCUCUCUCUCUCUGUGUGUGUCUGUCUGUCUGUCUGUGUGUCGGUGUUCAGUUGGGUAUGGCGGAGCAGCUGCAGCUGAUACGCAGCGACGUGUUCGACGAGACGAGUGGCCAUUCAUUGCUCGUAUUUCCUGGCGCCCAUAGGGAUGUGAGACUGACACACAUCCCUAUGCACACAUCAUAGUCCGCCCAUCUGUCUGUCUGUCUGUCUGUGUUGCAUGGACAGGUCGACUACUCUAUGAUGAAGGCAUUGGUCAAGGAGCUGAUCGCCAAGUUGACGACAUCCGUUGACGGCAUAGCCGUAGCCGCCCAGGCAUCCCUCUCCUUUCAGAAAGAGCGAUUGAUUUGCUAGGAUGGGCAACGGCUGUGCUAGGCUGUGUCAAGAAGGACCUCGAUGUGGCGCUGCAGGAGGACCUGACGAGCACACGGCAGGUGCGAUCGAUGGAUGGGAAGACGUCAGUGCCUUUCGGACGAAUUGCUGUCUGUCUGCCUGUGCCUACAGUUGGGAUGGACGGCUGAGAAGGAGAUAUAUACGGCUCACCCAAGGGAGGCCGUGUGUUCUUGGGCAACGACGCGAAGACGUACGACAACGUACGUCUACGAUGAAGGAUUCUGGGUGCCCUCGUCUGAGAGUAAUGAGUUGCAUUAAUGGAAUCAUUCGCUCCCCCACUCACUACUCACACAAAGCUCGCUGACCGAACAGUUCUUCGACCAGAGAAUAGAGGUGAGCUCACGCGUUGACGGAACUCACAGGGGUAGACAAAGGUGAACUGGGUGUCUUUUCUGUCCUUGUGUUUUGCCAACUUUUGUCAGGAGAACGUCAAGUUCGACCGAGACCAAUCUGAAAAGACCAUCACGCAGCUUCAGAACAUGGUGAGUGGGCAGAAUUUCUCUCGCUGCGCUCCAUGGCUCUGCGUUGGAGGGCAGGUGGUACAGAUGGUGGGUCCACGAUUCGUCAUCUCCACUGAGUACUUGUGUGCUUGUGUGUGUAUGUGGAUUGCAGUUGUGUGUGCGCAGGGACGAAUAUGACACGCAAGGCGUGUGCCUUUCUGAUCGCUGCCUACAUUUUAUAACUGCUAUGUUGGUGUGUGCAUGGCUCCGCAUCGACGUAACAAG